ACCUCUAGUCUGUCUGAUAGUAGCAGCGGAGGGGGGAGACCACGCCGACGCAGUUAAGCCACUCCAAACCAUGCUGCCACGCUUCAACUUCUACUUAACACGCAAGAAAUCUCAUCUGAAGACUGUUUUCUAACCCUGUGCUGCGUCUGUGGACCUAAACCUGAUAUUUGGACCUGUUUUCAACCGUUAUUUACGACGUUUUGUUCUUUCCAUCUGUUUUACGACCAUCGCCAUCAUGUUGCAGAGCUUUGGUCAGUCUCAUGACUGGCUUUACUCCGAGCCGCUGUUCGAUGAUGACUUUUACCAGAACUUAGUGAAAAACCUGGAAUCUCUCCCCACUCCCCCACAGUCACCUCCCAUGAAGCCCUCUGAAACCUCUGACACAAAGCCACUGUCCAAGGAGGACCAGCUCAGCUAUGUGUCCAACAUCCUCCUGGAAGACUGUGACAUGCAAGCACUUAACUGGAACUGCGAUUUGUUUGAAGAAAAGGAGACCAGUCCAACUAGUGCCCAGUCCGAGGAUGGUCCCGAGUACUUUCUGUGGAAGGAGUGGGGUAAAGGGUUUGAUGAGAAGCUGGUAUCGUCCAUGCUCAGUUCUAGCCCUCUGCUCUCAGACAUUGACACAAGUAUAUUCGAGGAGAUCGCCGGGUCUACGCUGGACUGCCAGGCCCUGAUGGAGAACACACCAGAAGGCAGUGAAGUAACGUCGGACUACGGGUCCGCGGGAGGAGAGCUGUCAAACUACUCAUCCUCAGACUCUGAGGAGGAGAUCGAUGUUGUGACUGUAGUCCGCUGCCCCUCUAGCGCCUCGCCUUUGCCCUCAUUGGCUGACAUCCGGCAGAGAGAACAGGAUGAGGCAGAGCAACAGCGAUUAGCCCUGCAGCGCCACAACGCGGAGAUCCAGCAGCAGCACAACUACGCGGCGCCCUGCCCCGCCUCCCCUCCGCCUUCACACAGCCACAAACGCUCUCGUGACGGCUCCAUGCGCCACCACCACAGGAACUCCUCUGCAAUGUCCACCUCGUCACGCUUCAGCUCCAGAAACUCCACGGAAACUGAGGAUGAGGAGGAGCGGCGGCGAACGCACAACGUAAUGGAACGACAGCGACGCAACGAGCUAAAGAACUGCUUCAUGUAUCUCCGCGACAACGUGCCAGAGCUAACGCGCAACGAGAAGGCGUCCAAAGUGGUGAUUCUGAAAAAGGCUCGGGACUGCAUUUUCAGCCUGGAGGAUGAGGCACACAGGCUGCAGAGGAAAAAGGACCAACUGCGAGCGCGCCAAGAGGAGCUAAAGGCUAGGUUAGCACUGCUACGAAGCUAAUGGCGAUAAAAUGACUAUGUACAAAGACUAUGGAGAUGGACUUGUAAUGACAGCCCAAUCACAGGAAAUAGUUUGUUACAACUUUAUAAACCAGUGAAGCAUGGAAAAAGAGCAAAACCUAUUGUUAUAUACUGUAAAUGUUGACAUCUUAACUGUUAAACUUGCAAACGGUUAAGGUUAGUGUUUGAAUAAAGCUGCAAGUCAGUUUUAUAAAUUUGCCAAUUUUUAUAGACUAAUGCUAAUUUUGUAAUGAAAUGAGAAAUUUAACUUCUAACCUUCAUCACAUUUGGUUUCCCAGUUGAAAUGUAAACAGUUUGUAAAACUGAAUUUCAGAAACUCAUUAAAUUUGUAUACUUAAAUGUCUAAAGUAUAGAGCAAGAUGUAGUUUAAGCUAGUAUCAAAUGCUAGUUUGUCAAAUUGGUAACUAGAGGUUAUAAAUUGUAUUUUUUUCUUGUAUGGUGACUUUAAACUUUGGCAUUUUAUCUUAAAGCUAUAUUAGAAAUGUAACAGUACAAUUGAAUGUGAUGAAAAUGGGUUGAAUUUCUAAAAGCCCCUUUAGAUAAAAAGUAGAACUAUUGGUCAGUUUUAAAAACUUCAAUGUUAAUUUGAUUGUACAAAAUGUCACAUGAAGUUAACCAUUUUUGCUGUAACUACAUUUUGUCUAUACAGUGAACAUUACCUCAGACUACUUUGUGCCAUGGUUUGCAAACUUGUAAGUCUUUAUUUUGGUGUUUGGGCUGAAGUUUUGAGAGACGGCGUAAAAUAGAUGUACGCACAAAUAACGGACAUUUCAAGAACUAAAUAUUUUUGAAAACUAUGGUGACACACAUUGCCUCAAAUCAUUCUCAUGCCUUGACUGCUGACUGUUGGAUUUAUGUUAAACCCAUUUUCACUUGGAUUGAAAUGCAGGGAAUGCACAAUGUUUUUUGUAUAGAAGUCUUAUGGUGCAACACUUGGGAUUUGAGUAUAAAUAUAAAAUAGAUGUUUGUAUAAGUUGAAUUAUUUGCUUUUUAUUGAGUCAAAAGUAAGUUUAAAUAAAUGUUAUUGGUAGGUUACACCUACUUAAUUUCCCACUGAAGUUUUGACUUUGGCCUGUUUAAUGUUCAACUUAAUUCCUUAUGUGUUUCAUAUGAUAUGGCCAUUAUAGGAUUUAAAAGGUUAAUUGUGCUUUUGCAUUGAAUCAAGCCAAACACAAUUGUUUUACAAUUGUGCUGAUUCUUUAACGGAGUUGAACAGGUUUAAACUUUACAUAAGUUGAGCUUAAUAUCUUACAAGAACAAGGCUUGGCUACAUUUGAAACUAGACAUUAGGUAGCCUUUUCUUCCAGCAAUAAUCAAUUAUGCUAAUCUGAAGUUGACGUGGAAGGACAUAUUUAAAGUCAUGGGUACAAUCCCAAAUGUUGCACUUGAAGUUGAAGUGUAGAUGUCAGACUAUGGAGUUGGCGUAAACUUGAAUGAUAGUGUAUUUAGAGCCAUACUAAACCAUCCCUCCAAACCUGGGUCCACUGUCCAGGUUUUAGACAUGUUCUUCAGGUUUGCACCACUCUUUAGUCCAUAUCAGGUAAUGCUAACCAAUGCUAACCACUGUAGCGACCGGUAACAAACUGUUCUUGCUCCAGUUCGAUCGACUUGAGUUUUCUAGCCAUAAAAACUUAACUUUUUCAGGUUUAGAGUCGAGAGAACUGAAGCUAUCUCGUUCAUAUCCAAUGCCUUCCCAAGCGUUGUGCUAGCCUGUACUAAACUCCGUAAAAAAACAAAUUCCACUGAUCUCAAAUUUGACAUUAUGGACAAAGAUUUAGAUUGAAAGAAUGAAUAAAGAUGAAGCGGAAGUGCAGAGUUUUAUUGUUUUUAACAGUCAAUUUAUGUUGUAAAUGUCCAGUCCCCCGUAUAGAUUUUCCCUUUGCUUUGUACAAAAGUGUGUAGCUGUCAUGAAUAGUGUGUGUUAUCGCUCAAAAGGGGUAAAACCUGUAUUUGAACCUUUCUGUGACAUUUGCGUCGACAAUUAGUUUAAGGAAAUUCCCUAAAAGUCAAGUGUCAUACCUAUGUAGAUAAAUUGUCUAGGUUUUAAUGCUAGCCUACUACUAUUUUUUGGGCUAACUUGACAAAAAAUUGUCUAAAAUUCUAAACAUUGGUAGGAAAAGUUAGACUUAAAAUUUAAGAUAUGAAACAUUUAAUGUUUAAUGCAUGUUCAAAGUUUAUUAUCCUGUCCUUGCCACGCCACUAAAUCAUAAAAUCCCUGAAAAUCUCAAGUAUUUUCUAGCCUGCUUUUGCUAUUUAUAGGCCAAUUGUUCAGAACAAAUUACUACCUUCAGAAUGCACAACUCAAAAUCUUU